AUGGCAGGAUUGAUUGAUAAUCUAGCCUACGUGCCCCAGUCUGUUCAGCUUCUUCUCGCUGGUGUUGGCGCCCUUUUUCUCACCUCCAAAGCCCUGAGCUACGUCAAGUUCCUUCUUGGAGUCUUUCUGCUUAGCGGAACUAGUCUUCGCAAGUAUGGCAAGCCAGGCACCUGGGCCGUUGUGACCGGCGCAUCCGAUGGUCUUGGCAAAGAGUUUGCCUACCAGCUUGCCAGCAAGGGCUUCAACCUCGUCCUCGUCUCUCGAACCCAAUCCAAGCUCGAAACUCUCGCUCACGAGAUCGAGGCCAAGUUCUCGGGCAAGAUCCAGGUCAAGGUGCUUGCCAUGGAUUUCUCCCGCGACGACGACGCCGACUACGACAGACUGGCCCAGCUCAUCAACGGUCUCGACGUUGGCAUCCUGAUCAACAACGUCGGCCAGAGCCACAGCAUCCCCAUCCCCUUCCUCGAGACCCCCCGCAACGAACUCCAGAGCAUCGUGUCCAUCAACUGCCUCGGCACUCUCAAGACCACCCAGGUCGUCGCGCCCAUCAUGCAGCAGCGCAAGCGUGGUCUCAUACUCACCAUGGGCUCCUUUGCUGGCUGGAUGCCCACCCCAUACCUGGCCACAUACUCCGGCAGCAAGGCUUUCCUCCAGCACUGGAGCAGCUCUCUCGCUGCCGAGCUGAAGCCACAGGGCGUCGACGUCCAGCUCGUCCUCAGCUACCUCAUCACCACCGCCAUGAGCAAAGUUCGCCGCUCGAGCGCCAUGAUUCCCAAGCCCAAGGACUUUGUCCGCGCGACCCUUGGCAAGAUUGGCUCCGGCGGCUACCAGAACUUUGCUUACACCUACACGCCCUGGUGGACGCAUGCACUGAUGCUUUGGGCUGUUGAGAGCACCAUCGGCGCUGCCCACAGCCUGGGUAUCUGGUUUAACCUCAAGAUGCACGUCGACAUUCGCAAUCGUGCGCUCAGGAAGGCCGCCCGCGAGGCCAAGAAGCAGUAG